AUGCCCGCAAACAACCGGGUGCACAGCAGCGCCGCCCUACAGACCCACGGCAUAUGGCAGAGCGCAAUUGGUUACGAUCCCUAUGCGCCCAAUAAAGAUGACAAGAAGAACGAUGUGGCACACAACAGUACCGCUGCCGCCUCAGAUCCCGAGCAAGAGAAUGCCUAUGCCAGCUUCCAGGGCCUUCUGGCUCUUGCUCGUAUUACGGGGUCCAAUGCCGAUGAGGAUGAUGGUGAUAAGGAGGGUAAGGACCCGGAUGCAAUCCAUGCAGCAGUUUUGUCUGGCUUGGAGAAGUUGAAGGGGAAGAGUGCAACCAAGAAUGAAGGGAGUAGUGAGGAUGAAGAUGAGGAGAGUGAGAGUUCGGAUUCAGAUUAUAAUUCUGAGAUUGAGAGAGCUAUUGCAGAAAAAUAUGGGAGAAGGGUUACUGGUAGCAAGUUGAAAGCUAGUAAAAGUAGGAAGAAGAAGGAUGAUUAUGACGACUCUGAUGAGUCAGAGCUGGAUUCUGGGUCCAGGAAGAAGAGGGGGAGGUCAAAGAAAAGGAGGAGUGGUAAGAGAGACCGUAGUGAUUCCGAGGAUGAGGACCAAGGACGAAGGAAGGUGAAGAAGGAGAAGAGGAGGAGAAGGAAUGAUGAGUCAUCAGACGAGGAGGAAGAACGGAGGCGAAGGAGGAGAAAGAUUGCUCGGAUGGUACUCGAGUGGGCAGGGACAAGAAGCGGUCUGAGAAGAAGAACAGAAAACAUUGCCAUGAAGAGGACUAGCUUCUGGCGAAGGAACCAGAAGACGGGACCUGUAAUUGUCGAUGGUACUGUAUUUGUCAAGUGUGAGAACUGUUCUAUGUUAUUGUAUUUCUUUUCUUUAUUUAGCUUGUUCUUGAGAAAGCAAAAUGACUCCUUUGCUUGGAGGAGGCGCAUGUGGCUUCUGCUACUCUGGAAAUGUAAUGGUUUAUUGCCGUUUUAUUUGUGCUACUCUUGUGUGAGUGCCGAACUCAUUUACUUUGUAAUUUGGUUUAUGGAAAAGCCAUUGCCAAUCCAGCUCCAGAAUGCGGAUGCAACUGGCUCUCCUCCUGGUAGUUUCUCAAGCCUUCAGCCUAGUCUCGUUGAUUCUUCUUGUUCCUCUACUACUUCUUCCCCUUCAGAUUCAAAAAUCUGCAAUCUUGGAUUUGAUAUUUGGGUGCCAAAGGCGAUUUCAGAGCAAAGGUUUUUGGCGCAAUGUCCAAGAAAUAUUAAGCUUUUGAUGUAUUGCUCUAAAGGGAUUAUGUUUUCUAGGCAGAACGGCUACUGUUACUUGCAUGCUGCAAUGGAGAAGAAGAAAAUAUAG